AGGAAAACAAGAGCAAAAAUCUGAGAGUACUUAUUCUCUGUUUUUCUUCUCUGAACAACUAGACAUUAGUUUUGCCUUUUUAUCUUUAAUAAUUUUACCUAUUCUUUCCUUAUUGGCUCAAAACCUGGUUAUCUCAGAAAAG